CUGCAAGCAAAGCUCUUCCAGGCUGUGAGCAAUGGCCUCCAAACUCUGCAUGUCGGCUCCCAUGUGCCUGAUCGAGAACAGGGGAAGGCAGUUCCAUGUCUGUCAAGAGGCCCUUUGGCUGCUCUCUGAAAUCCGCCAACCAGUGGUGGUGGUGGCCAUUGUGGGACUGUACCGCACGGGCAAGUCCUACCUCAUGAGCAAACUAGCUGGCAAGACUUCAGGUUUCCUGCUGGGCUCUACAGUGCAAGCAACCACCAAGGGAAUCUGGAUGUGGUGCCUUCCCCACCCUGAGAGGCCUAACCAAACCCUUGUCCUUCUAGAUACUGAGGGACUAGGUGAUGUGGAAAAGGGCGAUUCCCAGAUUGACUCCUGGAUUUUUGCUUUAGCCGUGCUCCUUAGCAGUACCCUGAUCUACAACAAUAUGAAUACCAUUGACCAGAAUGCUAUGAACCAACUUCACUACGUGACAAUGCUGACAAAGCACAUCAAAGCAAAAGUCUCAUCCGGGGAGAAUGCUGAAGGACUGGAAGAUUCCGCUGAAUUUGUUCGGUUCUUCCCAAACUUCAUCUGGGCUUUGAGGGAUUUCUCCUUGCAACUGGAACUGAAUAAAUGCCCCAUGACUGCAGAUGAUUAUCUGGAAAGCGCCUUGAAAUUAAAGACAGGUAACACUCAUGAUAUCGAGCUGUUCAACCUCCCUCGUAAAUGUAUCCACAUGUUCUUCCCCACUCGGAAAUGCUUCAUCUUUGACCGCCCUACUCAUCGGAAGAACCUGCAUCGUCUGGAGCAGAUGCAGGAGAGUGAGCUGGACCCCGACUUUGUGGAACAAGCAGCCCAGUUCUGCCGUUACAUCUACUGCACAUCCAUGGCAAAGACCAUCCCAGGCGGGCACGUUGUCACCGGCCACUUGCUGGCGAAGCUGGUGGUGACCUAUGUGGAAACCAUCUGCAGCGGGCAAGUGCCUUGUAUGGAGAACGCAGUGCUGGCCUUGGCUGAGAUUGAGAACACGGCUGCUGUGAAUGACGCUGUUGCUCGCUACGUGGAGCUGAUGAAGCAGAAGGCGAAGCUGCCCACAGCCGCUGUUCAGGAGCUACUGAGGAUUCACGCAGAGUGUGAGGAGGAAGCCCUCCAGGUGUUCAUGGCUCGUGCCUUCAACGAUGACUCACAUCGGUUCCAGGCUGGGCUCGUGAAAACCCUGGAUCAGAAGAAGGAGGAGUACUGCCAUAAGAAUGAGCAGGAAUCCACAACACACUGUUGGGCUGUGUUGACGUCCCUGGCUCAGAAGUUGGAAAACAACAUCAAGAAAGGAAUUUACUCCCGGCCUGGUGGCCACCAGGUCUUUGUGGAUGACCUGAAGAAACUGGAACAAAGAUACCAGCAGGAACCUAAAAAAGGAGUAAAGGCUGAGGUUGUCCUGCAGCAGUUCCUUAAGGACAAGAAGCACAUAGGCAGAACCAUACUUCAGAAUGAUGAAGCCCUCCAAGAGAAAGAGAAGGAAAUGGCAGAGAUGAAGGCAAAGGCUGAGGAAGCAGAGCGAGAAUGGGAGAUCCAGAAGCAGCAGCAGGCUAUUCUAGAACAGAAGAUGGAGGAUCAGCAACGGAGUUAUGAGAUGAACAUGAAACAGCUGGAGGAGAAGAUGGUGAAAGAAAGGGAGAAGCUCUUGGAAGAGCUGCAGAAGAUGAUGGAGAGCAAACUCAGGGAACAAGAGGCAAUGAUCAAGCAGGGAUUUCAGAGGGAAGCUAACCAACUAACUAUGGAGAUUCAGCAGUUGGAGCAACAGAAUGAGGAGAUCAAUAGCCAACGUUGGAUUGGUGCUAUUCUGGGGACUCUGGCAGAGGCUCUUUCAUUUGUAUUGCCAGGUCCCGUGGGUAAAGUUGUUGUUGGGCUUUCUAAAUUGUUCAUGCACUUGUAACCAGACAGGAACAAGGCCUGGCCUGCAGCCCUUCCUUUUUCCUGCCUUGGAAAGGCACACAAUGCAUUCCGCUUUGUUUAGCACUAGAUGGCUUGAGGCUGGAAACGUAACAAGUCCUGGGGACUGGAAAACAAUCUGGAUUAGAUGGCAUGAUUGCACUUUCAGAGCCUGUUAUCUGCUGAUUCAACGUAGUCGUUGGAGAUGGUCUUACAGCCAUUUCACACAGUAUGCAAAAGGAAACCUGGGUUUACCACCUAAUGCCCACUCGGCUGGAAACGGCAGCCAAUUACAGCUCCCAGAGGAGCAUAUCUGCACGGCAUAGGGUUUUGCAAAGGGGUGCGUCGCCUUCGUGAUCAAUUCAUGCUUGUUAUGUACACUUAAAAACGUCACGCGUGAAGUUGAUCGCUCAAACUGGCCAGGCUGAUUUGACUGAUAGAGUAAAGCAAACCCGGAGGUGGGAGACCGAAGUCAGGGGCUCCUGACAACACUUUUGUAGGCUACACACGAUAAGUAUAAGCAGUCUCAGAGAAGCUCUAUGGCCAUUUCUACACCUGCCUUUUUUCCAGGGAUUGUCCCUGUGCAUGCAAAUGACACAGAGGGGAUCCCGGGAGCAGGCAGGGACAACCCCUCCAUUUUCCUGGGAUAAUCCUUACGUGUAGAAAGGGCCUAUGUUGAAGAUAAAAAUGAAUACAGCAACAGAAUGAAAUUAAGAAAAGAAAAAGGCAUGUAUGAAGAACAGCAAAGGAUGUAUCUUGCUCCCCACCUGGUUAGAGCAUUAAUUUUCCAGGACUCGUUUUUAAGAGAUGCAGCAACCUUUUACAUUCCAUACACCAUGGCUACCUCUUUGAAUAGUUGACUACCGUCGCCAAGGCUGACUGACCUUAGCCAACAAUAUUCCAUUCGCUCUGCUUUGUUUACUUUCUUCUACAGUAUUGAUUUCUCCAUAAAGUUUUCUCAAACAGUG